AUGCUCCGAGAGGCUCAGCUGAGCUCCACGGCAGCAUUGGUCGACAGCGUUUUGGGCGAGUAUUCUGGUGUGGAGGUUCUUCUUCGAGAUCACCUAACGUCCGACAUCUGCCGAGGAAGUUUUACAAGAAACCUACAACUCACCUUGGUAGCAACGUUUCUUCCCCUCAUGUCUGAGGAGCUUGACGACGCUAUGCUUAAAGGUCUGGGACAUUAA